CAAGGUCAAGGAAGGCUGAGCGAUGGGCUCGGAGGCGUGGGAGCUGGAGCGCCGGUACUCGGUGCCGGGCGCCCUGGACACGAGAGGCCUCGAGGCGCCGGCCAGCGAGGAUUUGCACGCCUGGUCCAUCUACAGGCAAAACCUCAACUCCGACUUCACGGACUCGGCGCUAGGCUCGGCCGAGAAGUCACCUCUGCCCUACGGCAAUUUCCAGCUGCGCGACUCGACCGUUCAGAGCAUCCUACGUCAUCCGCGUUACGGACCACGAAGUCCGCUGGCCAGCAACUCGUACACGUACCUCAAGUUCGGACUGCCCCGCGUGCUGCCGCCGUCGACGACUCGACGGGACGCAGGCUCCAGCGGAUACGACUCCAGCGAGGAGGGACGAGCGAGGGCUGCCGCGGGCAGGCAACUCGGAGCGGUGAUCAGGUCGGCCAGGAGCGAUCCCGACUUUCGCAACGCCAUUGCCCAGGCCCGAGACGCGCACUCGCACAUCGGCCUGCAGCAGCAGCAACACCUGGCGAUGAAGCGCGAGUCGCGCAUGCGCAGCGCCAGCGAGGCGAACCUGCUGCACGCGCACUCGGCGAUCGGCGUGUCGCCGCGGACGCAGCACCCACACCACCCGCAGAACAACCGGCGCCACAGCAUCGCGCCCAUCGACCCCGGCCUGAUCUACGAGCGCCACCCGGCCCACCACCUCGUUCAUCAGCAGAUGAUGCACCAACACCAACACCAGCACCAGCAGCAGCAGGUGUCCGUGCAGUUGCAGAGCCCGCAACAUCCCCACCUGCAGCUCAGGGGGGUCGAGGCCAGCGGCGGCCACGCCAAGAACGGCGUGGUGUAUCUGCGGGACGUGUCCUUGGAGGCAGGCGCAGGAGACGUGCUGGCCGUGAUGUCGACGAGCGAGCGCGAAGGCAGCCUGGUGAUGGAGACGAUAUCGGGCAGGAGGCGAGCGCGACGAGGGGACAUCUUGCUGAACGGACGCCCAGUGACGGCCAAGACGCUCAGGUCGACGGUGACGUACCUGUCGGCAGAGUCGCCGGAGGCGGGCUUGAGCCCCGAGCUCACGGCGAUCCAGUGCCUGAGCUUCUACAAGCUGCUGCGGGGCGCGCCCGGAGUGUCGUCCCUCGAGACCGAGGCGAUCCUGCAGGAGCUGGGCCUCGACGCGACCAAGCAUUGCCUCGUGUCGAGCCUGACCUGCUCGGAGGUGCGCCGGCUGGCGCUCGCCUGCCGACUGAUCGAGGGCACGCAGAUCCUCGCGCUCGACCGGCCCACCAGGGGACUCGACAUCUUCGACGCCUUCUUCCUCGUAGAGUACCUGCGCCAGUGGGCCCUGCGCGCCCAGCGGCUCGUCGUGCUCACGCUCCACCCGCCCACCUACGAGAUACUCACCAUGCUGUCCAGGGUGACUCUCACUUCGGGCGGCAGAGUCAUGUACUCCGGGCCCAGGCGAGACAUGCUGCCGUACUUCGCCCUGGCCGACUUCCCCUGCCCGACCUUCAAGAAUCCGUCCGACUAUUACCUUGACCUAGUGACCCUGGACGACCUCUCGGCCGAGGCAAUGCUGGAGUCGUCGCAGCGCAUCGACCACCUGGCCGAGCUGGCGCGCGCUCGGCUGCCAGCGCUGAGCGAGCCGGGCCCGCCGGGAGCGCUGCCGUCGACCAACUCGGGCGCCAACCUGUUCACGCAGAGCUACGCGCUGUUCCUGCGCGAGCUGGUCUACAGCCAGCCGUGGAGCCUGGCCGCGCUGCUGCGCAAGGUGCUGAUCGCCGCAUCGCUGAGCGCACUCCUCGGCGCGGUCUUUUGGGACCUGGCGAACGACGCCAACCUGCACCUGCGCGACCGCGUCGGCUUCCACUACGCCGCGCUCGGAGUGCUGUUCUGGCCGCUCUGCCUUCUAGCCGUGGUCGAGGCGACGCGGGUGCGCCCGGGCGUCGAGCGGGACGUCGCCGACGGGCUCUACGGCAGGCUGGCCUGCGCGGUCGUCGAGGUGAGUCGCCGCCCGGCCGCCGACCCGCCUCCCCGACCAGACCUCGAGCGAGCCUCUUGCUUGCAGCUGGCCUGCGCGCUGCCGUCCUGGAGUCUGGUCUACGCGUCGUACCUGGCGCCGGCCUACGCGAUGAGCGGCCUGCACCUGGCCGCGGGCGCACCGAGCCCCGAGCCCAGUCUGUCGGCCGGCGAGGACGGCCUGCAGAGCCUCUGGCGCUACCUGUCCGUCGGCCUGGCCUACCUGCUGCUGCAGCACCUCGUCUGCCUGCUGUUCGCCCGUCUGUGCGCCAGCUCUUGGUCGUGCCUGGCGCUGCUGCUGUCCGGCGUGGCGAUCGGCGAGUCGACGCUGGCCGCGGGCGUCACCCUGCACCUGAACAACCUGUACCCGUGGUGCGCCUGGGCCAGUCCGCUGCGCUGGGCGCUGGUGUUACUGCUGCCGCCGCUGCACAGCCCCGAGGCCAUGGCCAGACUCAAGAACUGCAAGGCCAAGCAGAUUCAGCGCCAGGACAUCAUCACGCAAAGCACCUGCGAGACGCCCGACGGGGGCUUGGCCAUGCGCGAGAUCGCCUUGGACGGCGACGCCGACGCCGCACAGGACUCGUGGCUGCUCGGCAGCCUUGGCGUCGUCCUCGCGGCCGUGCUCCUCGUCUUUCUGCUCGUCAGGCACUCGCCGGCCAAGAGAUCGCUCAGGAGCAUGCCGAACAAGCCUUGAAGAUGAUCAGUCGCGGCGCGCCGUUCACGUGCAAUAUCGUUUCGCUACCGAGUUUCGUUCAUUAUAGCCGGACGGCACGCGCAACUUCGCGCUUGGUUCUGUCGAUCAUGGGUUCGUUUCGAUCGAUCAUAAAGCACAGGAAUAACGGCGACUUCGUAACGUCCUUGUUUCGCUGAAAACUAAAACAAAUAUGUCUUUGUGUUUCUUUGAUCAUCGCUGUAAUUUGUUAAUCAGCGUAACGAGAUCGUGCAAGACCGUGCGUAGUAUACAUAAUAGGGUGCAACGCAAUGAAGAAAAACGGCGUCAAAGACCAGCGCUCAAAUAUACCGAGCGCGUGCGCAUGAAAGUCCGCCUUGAGCAGUCGCGGCAAUCGCGUCAGCGUCGUUCAUUAAGAAUACGAGCGACGUUGAAAAAUUGAAUAUACGCGUCGCUGUUUGACGUUAAUCUUUCCGGGCCCGCUGUUUCAUUACGAUGCGCCCAGCCUUGUUUUAAUUAAAGCUCUGCGCGAUGGAUGGAAAAGUUUCGAAUCGCGCAGUUAUCCGUUGUCACGGCAUCCUUGGAUGACUUAUUUUACACAGACAGAAUGCUAAUUACGUUCGCAACGAUAGCAGAUGACCGGAGUCGUCAAAAGGACCGUCUACUACUCGUCGACCGAAUUGUGUGCAUUAGUUUAUUCAUUCGUCAUUUUGCCAUAAAAUCCCCAGACGAGCGAGCCACUGAUGCUCGCGAGUGACUGACAACAUAUGUGCUUCAGAAAUUUUGUCUGUGUACAAUGUCUCGUUGUACGAUCCGUAAA